UAAUAUCGAGAGAAAGUGGAAACACAAGGGUUGUAUUUAUAAAUAUCACAGAACACAAUAGAGAGGUUACUUACUCUUUGCUCUACCACAAAAUGAACCUGAAAGUUGGUGUUCUUGCAAUACAAGGUGGCUUUUCAGAGCAUGAGUAUGCUUUGCUAAGAUGCCUGAAACAAAAUGGUGGUGUCUUGGAUAACCUGAAUCUUGAAAUUUCUAGGGUUACCCAAGCUGAAGAUGUUAAAGGUUUAGAUGGCCUGAUUAUCCCUGGUGGGGAAAGCUCGGUUAGUUCACUGAUUAUGGAUGAUGCGAUCUUGGAUGAAUUAAACAUUUGGGCAAAUGAUGAUAAACAUGUUGUGUUUGGGACAUGCGCUGGCUUGAUUGCACUGUCAAAGAAUAUUGAGAACUCUAUGGAAGGCCAACAGAGUCGCUUUUCGAAGUUGGCAAGAAUCAAUGUAACGACAAGUCGAAAUUUCUUUGGAAGACAACUGAACAGCUUUGAAGGACAAGUAGCUAUCAAUGAAAAAGCAGUCUCCAAAUUUGCCAAGAAUAAGCCACAAGAUAUUUUCAAUGGGGUAUUUAUAAGAGCACCAGGAAUUGUGGCUAUAAAUGGCCUGGCAGUCAAAACUCUUGCAACACUUCAUAUUGAGGGUACGGAUGUCAUUGUAGGGGUUGAAGAGAAGAAUUGCAUUGCGUUAGCAUUCCAUCCUGAACUCACAGAAGACAUAAGAUGGCAUGCAUAUUUUCUAAAUAUGAUCAUGGAAAGAAAAUAAACCAAACAUAUUGUAAAUAAAUAUAAACUAUGUU